UGCUGAUGGUAGGCUGCACAGAAUACGCUGCAUGUAACGAGCAUCAAGGGGGAGACGCAGACCUAAUUCAAGUUAAUAUGUCCAAAACGUGGCUGCUUCGGGUUAUAAAAGCUGGCACCUUGGAGCUACGUGCUGUGCCUGGCACCUGGGGAGCGGAGUUACCCUGCAUCCGCUGGGCUCUGCCUAAUGGCUGCUGGACAUGCAAAGGGACAUCACAGCUUGUGACAGAUGGAGAGACUGCUGCAGCUACUUAGCAAGCCCUACUGAUAGCCAAACAACAUGCCUCUACUCACAUCCAUGGAGAUCGACCUUCAUCUACAUCUAGAGCUCUCAUCCAGGGUCAACCCUUGAAGAUCUCCUGGGCCAAUCUGAAGAUCUAUGCCUGGCAUCGCAGGAUCUGCUGUCAACCACAAUGAUCCGUUUGUAUUUCGGGACCUUUCAGCCUUUGCUGCUUCUUUGCCUCUUUGACUGGAGCUCCCUGCCUGUUGAAGGGGAAAAGCUCCCUGCUGGUCCUCGGGGAAGACUAGCAUCCUCUGGGUUGGAGCCUUCAAAUGCAGGAUCUGCUUUAGUCCAGCGCUUCAGGAGAGGAACUACCUCGGUUAAUAUAACCAGGCAAGUAAGCCACCCUAGCUCAUCGCCCAAUGAGUCUGUGUGCCCCUAUAAAGUGUUCAGUGAGGGCCAAGCAAACUACAAAAGCUUGUGUUUCAGGACCAUGGCUAGCGAUUUCCACUGCGACCAAAGAAACUGCCAGCUGCACAGUUCAGGGAGGUCUUUGUUGGCCAACGUGCUGAGGAACAGCAGUGUCCUCCUACAAUGGCAGCCACCCGCUCUUUAUAGAUCUGACCUGAAAGGCUUUUUAAUCAACUGCUCAUGGAAUGGCACUUAUACUCGUUUCCAGUGUGACAGUGUCCAGCUUGGCAUCAACUGCAGGGACUACCUCCUUACCAAUGUCCAUGAUAAUGUCAGGUACAGGAUCUGCCUACAGACUCUCUACACUAACAGGACGUCUGUGGAGGAGUGUGUGGACUUUGUGGUGGAACCGGUGGGGAUGCAGGAUAUUGUCAUUGCCAUGACAGCAGUUGGGGGUUCCAUAUGCGUGAUGCUGGUCAUCAUUUGCCUGCUAGUGGCCUACAUUACGGAGAACCUUAUGCACCCCACCUUCAUGCACCCUUCUGCUAAAAGGGGGACAUGACUCACCAGCCAAUAACAUUUUCUUCUCUGCUGUGUAAUUUAUGAUAGGUUAG